AUGCACCUGAUUUCUCGCGCUCUCCUCAAGCCGGCUCUUCCUGUCACAUGGUCUGCGUCGCCUCUCUUUAACCGAUCCAUCUCCCUAACCCGCGCAAUUGAAAGAGGAAAACGCAAGCAGGAGGACUCGACGCUCAGGCACGACAGGCGCCACCAGUUCCAGAAUCACCGGCAGAAAGGCCAAUCCCACCAGCUAGAUAAGACGGGCCAACCCUUGCCCUCGUCCUCGUUCACAUCCUCGUCCAUCUUCGAAGCCUCUGCGCCCAUUGUCUCCUCAAUUCCUUAUACGACCGCGAGCUCCGAGUUUCUCUAUGGAACCUUCUCGGUCUUGUCGGCCCUAAGGGCCAGGCGCCGCAAGAUCUACAACCUUUACCGCUUGCCCACUUCCUCUAGCCUUGAGAUCGAUCCGGAGACAGAGACUACCACAAGCUAUACUACAGCGAGAGAAGAGAUACAGCACCUUGCUCAGCACCAAGGUGUCAGCAUCCAAGAGCUCCGUGGUGCAGAUGCUCUAAAUACAUUUAACAAGCUCUCGGGAAGACGUCCACAUGGCGGCCUUAUUCUUGAAGUCUCCCCCCUUCCAAGGCUGUCAAUCGACACUCUCGGCCCUGUCCUGAGCAUGGGAGAUGACAUGCAGGUAGUACCUUCACGUGUCCCCGAGCUCGAAGCCGACCUUGAUGAACUAUUUCGCACCGCAGGAAGCCAUCGCAUCAUUCCCUCCUGUCGGCCACUCAAUCAGUUUCCAUUUGUGCUUCUGCUUGAUGGUGUCACCAACCCCGGUAAUUUCGGCGCCAUCGUCAGAUCCGCAUGGUUUCUGGGCGUUGAUGCCAUUAUCGUUCCAGACCAUGGAACUUCGCCCAUCUCCCCAGUCAGUAUCAAGGCGUCCGCUGGGGCCCUGGAAUUGAUGCCGGUAUUGACCAUCAAGAAUGAGAGGCUAUUUUUAACCGAAUCUCGUGCUGCCGGUUGGAAAUUCUUCACGGCUGCCGCUCCACCUCCCGCCAAGGCUCGGGUGCCUCCCAAUAUGCGUAUAGAAGGAGCACUAUCAAAUCACCCUUGUGUUCUGGUUUUCGGAAAUGAAAAGAACGGUCCGCGUCAAUUCUGGAGACCCUACAUGCACAGCACGGUCUCAAUUCCCAACGCAAGAGCCUCGUCUGGUGAUGUUGACAGCCUCAACGUAAGCGUUGCAGCAGCAUUAUUGACCCAGAAAUUCUUCGACUUUGCUCAGCCAACAGUAGUCCCAACGCAAAACGCACAGCCGGAGAGCGCAGCUUCAAGUCCGUUUGUUGAUUCCUUUGGCCUCGAAAGCCACAAGGUGUUCUAG